AUGAAGCAACCUGAAGUAGAUUUGCUGAAAAGUGCGCCUUCAGUUUCCAUUAUGAGUCUCCAGGAGAAGAGUCCAGCACCUAAAGAAGAUGAGCGUUUGCUUGAGAAAGAACCGAGUGGAGUGCAGGAGACGGUUGACGAUGAAGAAAACAGAGAAGUAUUUGUUCUAAAAAGGCCUGUAUCCAUUGGUGGUGCGGCUGUUGUUGCGGAAUCGUCAUCGAUGUCCGUAGACAUUUUGCCAACGACAACUAGGAGGAAGCUAAGUGAGGCUCGGCAGGUCAAGUUGCCAACCAUUACCAUGUCUGAAAAACCGACGGUCUCUUUUGCCGAUCCACCUAGUGCUACUCUGAAGAAAACUCCACCACUUUCGAUAUCACCGAUCGGAUACACUUUGCAUCAUAUUCCUCUGUCGGCGGAUCAUCGCAAGAAGAAAAAUGAUGUAGUGUCGAUGAGGGUGUACACGUCUCAGUUUGUGCGGAUGGAUACGCCUGAAGAUGAUGAAAGUAAUUAUUCUGGUAUCCAAUUCAACAUACCAGGAGGGAGGACUGCAACCGCGGAAUAUAUUGUCGAGUUGAUGGGUGCAGAAUAUGGCAUUGAGAAAGCAACAGCGAAGGAAGCAUUUUCGCUUUGGAUGAUUUCGGGACUGCUAGAGGUCCAGCUGAAACCGCAUCAUAAACCAUAUGAAAUGCGUCGUGGAUGGUCAGAGGUUCUGGCAAAGUUUGCGGAAUCGGAACUAGAAAGUAAGAAAAAAGAUGAUGAACCCGUACUGUAUUUUCGGAGGAACGUACAACUGUCUGAGGCAAGAGAGCAGCAGAUCGUGACCUUUUGUUCUCGAGCUUUGGAAAUGUUGCUAACAGAUGCACGAUCAUCACUUUUCCUUGAUCGCUGUCCUAUGCCUCCUGAACGAUGUGCUGAACUAGCCGGGCUAGGAUUUGCUAUGGAAGAUGGUCCAUAUGAUCAAAAAAUGCAUACUGUUGAUUGGCUUAGGAUGCAUUUGGAAGAUCAGCUCCCUGCUCGAAUGGCUGACGUAAUCCGUGGACCUAUGCUUUUGGGGAAGGCACUCACUGGAUACAACGAUCUUGAGAGUCAAGUUGUUGAAUCGUGGAAGCGGGGCAGCACCAUCUUGAAGGCCAAUGGCCUCGACGAAGUACGCAGACAUUAUCUAACGAAGCUUCGAGAAUCAACUCCAUGUUAUGGCGCAGCAUUCUUCCGAGGCCUAAUAGAACGUCCAGGAAUCAAUCCUCUCAACAUCAAAAAAGUAUUUAAUUAUCUGUUGAGUGGAGCACCGGAUACUGAUGUCCUCGUCGGAGUCAAUAAUGAAUUUGUGACCAUCAUUGACUCGAAUAAACGUGACGUGAUACUCGUUCAGAAAAUACGCGACUGUUCAUGGAGAAAAUUGAUAUAUUCUCCAGAAGAAAUUAAAAAGGGUCAUCAGCAUCUGUUGUUCUUAUCAUUCCCUGAUGAUGACUAUGUCAAGUCUCGCAACGAGUACAUCUCAGGAAGAACUGAACGACUGGCCUCCAUGAAAAUGAAUAUUUUGCACAUCUUCUCAAGUCAAACAAUACUUCUCAAUGCAAUGUUGAACUCUGUGAAGUCGACCAUAAAAGAAGAAGAUGGCAUUAUAGAUGAGGGCAAAGAUCAGUCAACAAUUUCAACUGGUUAUCCAGCUCCAGGUAGAGCAACGGUAGCUCGAACUCCGUCGAUCUCUAAAUGCCAUCGAAUGUGUUUAGCAAGCUUCGAAGACGGUAGAUUUGUGAAAGCGAAGGGAAUUUAUAAGAAAGUGGAUUGGGAAACUGUGCAACGUGGUAUCGAGGUGGUUUUGUAA